AUGACUCUUUUGAAGCUGUAUUAUAGUUCCUUCCACGUUGAAUUUAACAAAUUAAUACUACACCAUUAUGUGUUAUUUAAGGGUCGCACAGAACUUCAAAACUUGUUAAUGAAGAUGAAAACACGGUGCUAUUCGAUUUUAACAUUGUUCUGCUAUUUCUUCAUUUCUGGAUUUGUAGCAAAUGCAACACCAUAUGAUUAUAGUUUUACCAAUGAGUGCUUAGAGAACCCUAAAAACCCUCAAUACAAUGGUGGUAUAGUCGUGAAUCCCGAAUUUAAAGAAGGCUUAAAGGGUUGGGCUUCUUUCGGAAAUGCAAAACUACAAGUACAAAGAUCAGAAACUGGAAACGAAUUCAUCGUUGCUCAUCAAAGGAAUCAAUCAUUCGACAGUGCUUCUCAAGAAUUUUUCAUGGAUCAUGAAAAGCUCUACACGUUUUCAGCAUGGGUGCAAAUAAGCCAUGGAGAUGAUGCUACAGUGGUUGCAACAUUUAGAACACCAACAGGCUUCUAUGAUGCUGGUUCGACCAUGGCUAAAUCUGGGUGCUGGUCCAUGCUUAAAGGUGGCAUCACAGUCAACCAAUCUAGCUCGACUCAGCUGUAUUUUCAGAGCAAAAAUGCGUCGAUUGAUAUUUGGGUUGAUAGUGUUUCUUUACAACCCUUUACACAAGAAGACUGGAAAGCUCACCAGUAUCAGAGUAUCGAGAAGGUGAGGAAGAGUAACGUGAAAAUCCAUGUAGUUGAUAGCGAAGGCAAGCCACUAACAAAUCAAAAAAUAACCAUUUCACAAAAGUUAGCAAACUUCCCAUUCGGAUGUGCCAUUAACACAAACAUCCUAACCAACCAAGCUUAUAAAAACUGGUUCACUUCAAGAUUCAAGUACACAACAUUCGAAAACGAAAUGAAAUGGUACACCAGCGAACGUAUCCAAAACCAAGAAGACUACUCAUCAUCCGAUGCAUUACUUAAGUUCACAAAAUCAAAUGGAAUUUCAGUGAGAGGCCACAACGUGUUUUGGGAUGACCCUAAGUAUCAACCGAGUUGGGUUCCAAAUCUUGAACCACAAAAACUAGCGGAUGCAGCCACCAAGAGGAUAAAGUCAGUCAUGGGUCGAUACUCGGGUCAAGUAAUUGCAUGGGAUGUUGUGAAUGAAAACAUGCAUUUUGAUUUUCUUGAAAGGAAGUUAGGAGGGAUGGGUUCUUCUUCGAAAUUUUACUCGAUGGCUAGUGUUCUUGAUGGACAUGCUGAUUUGUUCUUGAAUGAAUAUAAUACCAUUGAAGAACCGGGUGAUCGGUUGUCAUCUCCUGAUAGUUAUCUCAAAAAAAUUGAAGAGAUUCGGAGUGGGGGCUAUCAUGGGCCAUUAUCAAUCGGGUUAGAAGGUCAUUUCACAAAUGUGAACAUACCUUACAUGAGAUCCGCCAUUGAUAAACUUGCAAGUUCAAGACUUCCCAUUUGGAUCACUGAGCUAGAUGUCCAACCUGGCCCUAAUCAGGGGAAAUUAUUGGAACAAGUGUUAAGAGAAGCUCAUGCACAUCCAGCAGUGAAUGGGAUAGUUUUGUGGUCUGCAUGGAGUCCAAAAGGAUGCUACAGAAUGUGUUUAACGGAUAAUGAUUUCAGGAACUUGGCUACAGGUGAUGUGGUGGACAACAUUAUUAAAGAAUUUUUUGGUGUAGUUGUUACGGGGACGACAGAUGGUGAAGGUUUCUAUGAGACUUCGUUGAUUCAUGGAGAUUAUGAAGUUAGUUACCCAAAUGAAAAUGAUGUGAAAUUAACUCGGAUAUCUCGGGAUUUCAAGGUUGAAGCAUUGGGAUAUUCCGAGGAUUUCUUGUAUGUCAAAAUCUUGGGUUGACAUAAAUCGGAUUUUUUUGGUAUUAAAAUGAGUGUAAUAUGAUCAUGUUUGUAUAGCAAUUUGUGUCAUAAGCUUGUUU